GUGAAAUGAAGUCCGCCAAACCCGAAGAAGAAGUACUUCCGUUGUGACGUAGUUAGCUCUUAGUAAAUGGCGGUUGCGAACAGGGUGGACAGUAAACGUUACCACGGUUAUAACUGUCGGUUCAUGUGCCGCGCUGACAGGAGAUCCACUACCAAACAAACGAAAACGAAGCAAACGUUGCGCUAAUGAAGAACGAAGGUGGAGAAAAUGACACAGAGUCUGAAGAGGCUGAACUCCGUCUGAAGGUAGAGUCACUGAAGCGGGAGCUUCACGAGUGCAGAGCCGAGCUAGCCAAGUUACAGAAACAACUAAACCAGUCCGAAAGGCUGCAGAAGAGCACAGAGAGCUACAACGAAGACCUGAGGAAACAGGUUGACAAGCUGAGCGCAGAGAUUCAUGAACGGAAGAAGAAGGACAAAGACAGAGUUGACAGUGAAACUCAGACUGAGGAAUAUGUAUGGACAGAAACCGACUAUUACAACUACUACUAUGGAGGCUACUCUCAGAACCCAGAGGCUUCAGACACUCAGGAAGGCCUGAACUCAGUAGCAGCAGUGGAUGCAGCUGAUGGCAGCGAAACAACAGAGGUUUCAACAUCAAAUGAAGCAGCAGCUGCUCAAGUGUCAGGGCAGCCUGACAGCAGUGGUGCAACCACAACAGAGGAGGGUGAUGGAGGAUCCAUAGCUGAUAUGUUGAGGGCCACUGCUGAAGAAGCUAUGACACAGACUGGGUUUGUGUUUGAUGAGACAACGGGGAUGUACUAUGACCACAGCACAGGCUUCUACUAUGAUUCGGCCAGUCAGUUGUACUAUGAUGCCAACUCAGGCAUUUAUUACUACUACGACGCAGAGAGCGGACGAUACCAGUUUCAUUCUAGAGUUGAGGUGCCAACUGCACAAACUGCUGCAGAGCCCUACCAAGACCAGUGUGCUGGUGAAAAGAAGGGCAGAAAGUUAAAGAAAGGUUUCAAGAAAGCCACACAGCAGGAUGAUAAGGAACUCAUAUUAGAUGAGGUAAAGUUGGAACAAGAAGAAAGUGACUGGUUCAAACAGCAGACGACGAAUAGGACCACAGAAUCACGAAAACUGAAGCGAAAAUCUCGCAGUCCAGAUGUGGAUCCACGUAGAAAAGACUCCUCUAAACAUCGGGAGGAGAAUGACAAAUCUUCGUCAAAGAGGAAGAAACAGAAAAACGGCUCACAUGGUGAUGAUAGGGGUAGAUCAAAGAAGAAAGCAAAGAAAUCCAAGUCAAAAAAACAGAAGAAGAAGAAGAAGGAGAAAAAGAGCCCAGAUCGGGGCGAUGUCUCAGAGGGGAACAGCGAACCAGAAGAGGGUGAGAUCACAGAAUCAGAGAAAGAAGAGUGGGAGUCCACACCCUCACUCUCUUCGUCAUGUAGCUCCCCCUCUGUGGAAAGCCCAGAGUCAGAAAUGGAGACUCAGAGUCAGGAAGUCAAAGACUUCUGGCCGCCCUGUGUCAGAGUGACGGUGGUCAGAUCUCCCGUGCUGCAGGUGGGCACUCUGUUCAUCAUCACAGCCGACUCUCCAGCCACCUUUGGCAGAGAGAAAGAUAUGGACCAUGCAAUCCGCAUACCUGAAAUGGGGGUCAGCAAGUUCCAUGCUGAGGUGUACUUUGACCAGAUGCAGCAGAGCUACAUGCUGGUGGAUCAGGGAAGCCAGAACGGAACAGUCAUUAAUGGCAACAGGAUCCUACAGCCCAAGACAAAGUGUGAGCCACAUGCACUGAUGCACGGCGAUGAGGUGAAGAUGGGAGAGACUGUGCUGUCCUUCCAUAUCCACUCAGGGACUGAUACCUGUGAUGGCUGUGAGCCUGGUCAAGUGAUGGCUCACCUCAGCAAGCACAGGCGAGAGGACAAGACAGGCCCUGCUCUCACCAAAGAGGAUAAAGAAGCACUGAGACAAAAGGAGCUGAAGCAGAUGAAGGCCAAAUAUGGCUUGCAGAGCAGCGAAUAUGAGGAGGCCAAAGCCCUGAAGAACCCCAGAUACAAGGACAGAGCAGAAUCCCGACGGCAGACGGUGGGCAGCGAGGGUGUUUUCCAGCGAGAUGAUGCUCCUGCAUCUGUUCAUGAGGAGAUCAGUGAAGUCAAUAAAGGAAGGAAAAUGCUGGAAAAGAUGGGCUGGAAGAAAGGAGAGGGACUGGGUAAAGAGGGAACUGGAAUGAAAGACCCGAUUGAACUGAAAAUCAGAAAGUCCCAGUCAGGCUUGGGCGCCCGUGCUGCCAUGUCUUUAGACGAUGUCUCUAUGACUAAAUCAAAGUCCCAGAAGAACUGGGAGAAAGCGCGUGAGAGAUUUGCUGAUUCGUGCCAGCCUGACAUGUUGUCACCCAAAACACAGAAGAACAAAUCACCCAAAUCCUGGGUCAGAGCAGAAGAGACCGAGACGACAAACACACAAGCUGGGUUUGAUACAGACGGCCAAGGUUAAUGAAGUUAAGGAAUUAAUGAAAGUGGAUUGUGGAUUCAAAAGCUGGGAUUUUUAAUGCAUAUGAGCAAAGACAGCCUCCGUACUUUCUGAGGAAAUGUACUCACUUGUAAAUUAUGGUGUGCAUAAAAUGUUAAAAGCAUAAAAAUGAUGUUAUUUUCCUCUAUUUUGAUUUACUCAGCAUUCAUCAUGAGGAAAGAUGGCUGAAAAGAAGCAGAUUGUGAUCACAGGUGUAUACAAACGCUACCAAUCAAUUGGUAUCCUGUGCUGUGCGUUAAAAAGACUCUAGCUGUGGCUGUAGAAUGUGUUUGUUUCCACAAAGGUGAACUGUGUGAAAUGUUUACAGUCCCAGAAAGAACGAGUGUGUGCUUCACGGUCCAGUGUGUCUGUAGUCCGGCCCACAGAGGAGGGCAGAGCUGCCACUGUGUUUCCCAGAAGACACAGUGGCACGUUUAAAUCACCUCAAGCCAACGCUAACACAGUGAAGCAUUAUUUCUCACAGUGAGAUCAUGUUAUGAUGAGACAAUUUUGUAUCUGUUCAGACAAACCCUGUAAAUGAUCAUGUUAAACCAGUCAUAACUGCUUUGUGUAAUACUGUUCCGACUCCUUUUUUUUAAAAAAAAAAUAACAAAAUAAAACAAUGUUGCACAUUGAAUUUCGAGCAAGCUCAA